AUGGACGAAGUUUCAAGACAGGCCGCAGCUGCCGAUCUGCGCAAUGUCCUGCGGGCCUCUGGGACGGCGCUGCCCGACGAAGCCAUGCUCACCACCCUGCUGGAAAUCGAGGGCUGGGACGUCCAGAGGGCGGCCCGGGCGAUACAGGACGACAGCGCCGCCGAGCGCAGGCGGAGCGGUGCCGAUGACGAGGAGAUCGCGCGAUCCUUUGCUGCCAGACCUCCGGUCAGCGCAUUCGAGGUCGACGACGGCCUUGCAGCAAGGCGUGCCACGAGGCCGUACCCCGGCGGCGUGGGCCUCAGCAGCGGCAGGGGCCCCCUCGGGGAUCGUCCCGGUGGCAUGUCAAUCUCCUCGAUCGUCUGGUCCGCGAUCACCUUCCCUUUGUCCCUAGCGCAGUCGAUACUGCUCCUCAUCGCCCGCAUCUUUCGCCUUCGAAGCUUGUUCCCCGGGCUAUUCGGCGGCGCGCCCGGGUCGGAUGGGUGGUCCCGGAUGCCCAAGGUCGACCCUCGCAUCUGCGCAGAGAGGUUCGUGCGCGAGCUAGAGGAGGAGACUGGCGCCACCUCUGGCCCUCGCAGCGCCUUGCCAGCGGCCGCGAGCGAAGCUUCAUCCACGUCGCGCUCGAGGGACGGUACAGGGCCGCCGCCGGCGCCACGGAUCCCUCCGUUCCACAUCGGUGGCUACUCGGAUGCACUCAAGCUGGCAAAGGAGCAGAUCAAGAUCCUCAUGGUCGUGCUGACCAGCCGCGAGCACGGCGACGCCGAACACUUCCGCAGAAAGGUGCUCGUCGACGAAGAGCUCGUCGAGCUCGUCUCGCGGCCAGACUUUGUCGUGUGGGGUGGCGACGUUCGCGAGCGAGAGGCGUAUCAGGUCGCUACCCAGCUCGAGGCCACAACCUAUCCCUUUGUCGCCUUUAUCGCACUACAGCCGGCGCGGGCAGCACGCAGGGCCGCCUCUUCGCAGAGCGGGGCAUCGAGCUCCUCGCCCCGUCCGGCAGUGCUCUCUCGCCUCGAAGGGUCGCCGAUGACGGCCACGUCGGCGCAGUCGAUCUCGUCCCACAUCGCCGACGUGCUGCUGCCGCGCACCAGGACGUACCUCGACCGGCUGAGGAGCGAAAAGAGGCGCAGGGAGAUCGAGCGCGAGCUCAAGGCCGAGCAGGACCGCGCCUACGAAGAGGCAAGCCGCCGGGACGCGGAGCGCGUGGCCCGCAAGCGCGAGGAGGAACGGCAGCGCGCCCUCGAGGCCGAGCGGCAGCGUCGAGCGCAGGCAGAGCUCGAGGCGCAGCAACAGAAGCGCCGCGCCUGGCUCGGCUGGGCCAAGCGCCACCUGGUGCCCGAGGAGCCGUCGGCAGGUCAGCCGGCGAUACGCCUCGCCUUCCGCCUACCGGACGGCAAGAACCUGUCGCGCAGCUUCCAGCCAUCGGAUCGCCUUGAGUCGGUCUUUGCCUACGUCGAGACGCACGCCGCCGGCGUCGAUGAGCAGGACAGCGCGGCCCUCUCCGUCCCGCCGUCCGAGUACGAGCAUCGUUACGACUUCACCCUGGUGCUCGGCUAUCCGCGGAAGCAGAUCGGUCCAGAGCUGCUAGCGGUGGGCGCGGACGGCAGCGGCAAGACGCUGGGCGACAUUGACGGCCUGGCACCGAGCGCCAACCUCAUCGUCGAGGGCAAAGUAGGGCGCGCCAGCUUGUCGGCCCAGGACGACGACGACGACGAUAGCAGCGACAGCGACAACGACGACUGA